UGAUACUCUUCCUGUGACCCUUUAACCAACUUCAGAUUAAGUACUAUAUCUGGCACUAUCGCCAUUGCACUGCAUUGCACUAGUUGUCUUUUAACAAGAAGCAAGCGUUUCCUAAAUAUCUUUUUAAAAUGCUUGCUCUACAAAAAUCGUGGCGACUGAUGCCCCGUGUGGCUGGACAACAAAGGACUUUGGUUUCCGGACCUCCUAGAGUCAGAGUAUCCUUCCCGGAAAAAUUGGCUCAUGGAGCAACAAUGGCAGCUGGAAUAUUAUUCACUCCACUUUGGGUCCUUUCUCACAUUAAGACUUAUCGUCAUUAAUAGUGAAGUGACUAUGGACCUUCAAUAGUUUGAUACUGUAAUAUUUUUACAGUUAUUUAUUCUAUACUGUAUUUAUAUACUAUUGAAUCUCUGUGUUGUAAUGCAUAAAAAAGUUGCAACAAGGAUGCAGUGAAAUAUUGCAUUAGCAUGUUGUAAGUCAUUUAUCAUCAUAAACAUCCUUUAAAAUAA